UAAUCCCUCUUCCUUGUGUAUUUGACAGAUUAUUUCUUGAAGCUUGAUGAGCCCAUGAACAAUAUCACCACUACCUUAGGCCAGACGGCAGAAUUGCACUGUAGGGUUUCUGGGAAUCCUCCUCCAACUGUGCGUUGGUUGAAAAAUGAUGCUCCCGUCGUCCAGGAACCCAGAAGGAUAUCUUUCCGUGCAACGAACUAUGGAUCUCGAUUACGAAUAAGAAACCUUGAUACCACAGACACCGGCUACUUUCAGUGUGUGGCAACAAAUGGCAAGAAAACGGUUUCUACCACUGGGGUACUGUUUGUGAAAUUCGGUCCUCCGCCAACAGCAAGUCCAGGAACAUCGUGAGUUGUUAAAUACUUACUAUGUUAAUUAAUUCUGUAAUGUUUUUUAAAAAGUGAUUUUAUAGUUCAUAUGUAUUCUGCUCUGAAUUCAACAUUAAGAAUAGAUUUGUGGUAUCAUUUUAAGUUCAUUAUAUGUAUAUAUUCACACAUGCACGCACACACUAGGAGUUGUACAGUGGGUCAUGCCCAAGCUAGAGACU